AUGAAGCUCGCAGUCUUUAGCGCCAAAUCUUACGACAAGGUCUUCCUCGAUAAGGCUCUGGAGAAUGACUAUGCCUCGUUCUGCGAAAUCACCUACCAUUCCUUCGCCUUAUCCUCUGAGACUGUGUCCCUCGCCAAGAAUGCCGAUGCUGUCUGUGUCUUUGUGAACGACACACUGGACGCUGCCGUUCUGAAGGAGCUGUACGCCUUUGGCAUCCGCGCCAUUCUUCUGCGCUGCGCCGGAUUCAAUAACGUCGACCUGCAAGUCGCCGAAGAGCUGGGCUUCUUCGUCGCCAAUGUCCCAUCAUACUCACCCGAAGCGGUGGCCGAGUUCGCUGUGGCGCUCAUCCAGACGCUCAAUCGCAAGACGCACCGCGCAUACAACCGCGUGCGUGAGGGUAACUUCAACCUCGAGGGCUUCCUGGGCCACACGCUGCACGGGAAGACCGUCGGAAUCAUCGGCGUGGGCCGCAUUGGACUGGCGCUGGCCAAGAUCUUCCACGGCUUCGGGUGCAAGCUGCUCGCGUACGAUCCGUAUGGCGGCGGCGAGUUCCGUGCCUACGGCGAAUAUGUCGAGUUGCGCGCGCUACUUGCGCAGAGCGAUGUGGUGAGUCUGCACUGUCCGCUUACCGAGGGGACGCGGCAUGUCAUCAACGACGAGACGCUGGCGCAGAUGAAGAGGGGUGCACUAUUGGUGAAUACCUCCCGUGGCGGCCUGAUCAACACACGCGCGGCGAUCCGGGCGCUGAAAGCUGGCCAGCUGGGUGGCUUGGCGCUGGACGUCUAUGAGGAGGAGGGCUCGCUGUUCUACAAUGACCAUUCCGGCGAAAUCAUCCAUGAUGACACCUUGAUGCGACUGAUGACCUUUCCAAAUGUGCUGGUUUGCGGUCACCAGGCCUUCUUCACAGAAGAGGCUCUUAGUGAGAUUGCUGGAGUCACGCUGGGGAAUCUGGAGGAUUUUACGCUGAAGCGGACCUGCAAGAACUCAUUGGUACGCGAGGGUCACUUAUUAGUUCCGGUGGAUAAGGAACCUGUUCGUUUAAAAAUCCCUGAAGGCACAGAAGCAUCAUCAUAG